CGUUUGCUACGCCGACCAACGCCAAAGAAAAUAAUUUUUUGAAUCGCGAACUUCAAGAACUGCCAUUCAACCCCGCCAACACCACGUAUACACAUCAUGGCACCCUCAUCGGGCAGGCGCUUAGCGUCUCGAACUAAGGAAGAACCGGAAGAGCGCAAGAUCGUCGGCAUCAACAAGGAAACCGUGACCAACACCGUCUCGACCGACUACCCGGACAACUUCAUCGACGAAGAUCAUGCCUGGGACGUGGACUAUUUUCGAUCCAAGUUCAGAGUCGAAUGGCAUGAGAACAACGAGCACGAAGCCCAGUUCUCGCUUAUCGGGCUUGACGCUUCCAUCGCCAAUGCCUUCCGUCGCAUUCUUAUUGCUGAGAUCCCCACGUUGGCUAUUGAGAAGGUCUUCAUGAAUAACAACACUUCGGUAAUCCAGGAUGAAGUGCUAGCGCACAGGCUCGGCCUCAUCCCUUUCACUGGUGGCAAGAAGGGAAUCCGAGAUUGGAUGACAUACCUGUCAAAAGAUGCCGACGGCCAAGAUCUAUGUUUCGACCACAACACCGUGCAACUCUCUCUCUCGGUCGAGUGCACGAAAAACAAGGAUGCGAAACCCGACGAGACAGACCCGACAAAGCUCUACCAUAAUGCGCACGUAUAUGCUAGAGACAUCGUCUUCCAACCCUUGGGCGACCAAGAGAAAUGGUUUUCCGGCGACGACAUUAUCAGGCCCGUCAAUCCCGACAUCUUGAUCGCGAAGCUCCGGCCCCCCCAGGUGUUGGAUAUGGACCUUCACAUGCACAAGGGCAUCGGAGCAGACCACGCCAAGUUCUCCCCUGUGUGUACUGCGAGUUACCGCCUGUUGCCGACUAUCACUAUUACGAAACCGAUACUGGGUGACGACGCGAAGAAGUUCCAAGAGUGCUUUAUGCCUGGUACGAUAAAAUUGGAAAAGGUGACGAGACAAGAGGCAAGGCAGGCAGGAAGUGGCUACGAGGGCCACGAAGGCGAGAACAAGGCCGUGGUCGCUAACGCCAUGUACGACACCGUCAGCAGAGAGGUGCUACGCCACGACGAGUUCCAGGGCAAGGUCAAGCUGGGCCGCAAGCGAGACCACUUCAUCUUCUCGAUCGAGAGCUCGGGGCAGUGGGAUAGUGACGAGCUGUUCCUCGAGUCAGUCAAAGUCAUGAAGCAGAAGGUGGGGAAACUGAGGCAGCUGGCAGUUACCAUGGUCACGGAGAAUUCAAUCUAGUGGUUGCCGUCACACCAGGCAGCUUUGCACUUGCGGUAUAACAUAGGGGAAAUGGCGUU